CUCAAGCACGUGCACUGUUUGUCGGCACCACGACGUAUGCGCCUUUUUCGGCUCUUGCUUUCAAGGAGGGACCAAUCUCGAGCCAGCACAACACGUGUCGUUUCCUCCUGUAAUCACCUCCAUGGACGUCACACUACAGGACCAUCACCUCGUCCGUACAAUUCCACGUGUACCAAUACGAUAUCUUCCGAACUGCCGAUAACGACUUCUAUUGUUUUCGAAAACGGAUCGGACAGCCGAAGACACUUCGGUCAUCCGCGCAUUUCCUUAGUACAACAGUACGAGGAGAUUUGGAGCGGUUGUCUUGUUGAGUUGAGAAGGUGUGUCAGAACCCAGAAGGCCUUUUGGUUUGUUGGGUUCUUGGAAAACCUCUUGUUUUUGGCCUCAGGGGGAUUGGAACAGAUGGGGUUCGUUAGCAUCGUGUUGGGGUUUUGUGGAUUCGGAGUUGGGAUGUCGAUGGGUCUUGUGAUUGGUUAUUAUCUCUACAUCUACUACCAGCCUACCGAUGUUAAGGAUCCCAAAAUUCGUCCACUGGUUGAUCUAGACUCACAGACUUUGCAACGUAUACUUCCCGAGAUACCGCUUUGGGUGAAAAAUCCAGACUAUGAUCGUAUUGACUGGCUAAACAGGUUUAUUGAAUACAUGUGGCCUUAUCUUGACAAGGCCAUUUGCAAAAUUGCCAAGGAUAUUGCAAUGCCCAUAAUUGAGAAGCAAAUUCCCAGAUAUAAAAUCGACUCCGUUGAAUUUCAAACACUGACAUUAGGGUCUUUGCCUCCAACUUUCCAAGGUAUAAAAGUUUAUGCCACUGAUGAGAAGGAGCUUAUUAUGCAACCAUCAAUAAAGUGGGCCGGAAAUCCCAAUGUCACAAUUGCUGUAAAAGCAUUUGGAUUGAAGGCAACUGUCCAGGCUAUAGAUUUGCAAAUUUUUUUGGAGCCACGUAUCACACUGAAGCCCCUGGUUCCGAGUUUCCCCUGUUUUGCAAAAAUCUAUGUGUCACUCAUGGAGAAGCCUCAUGUGGACUUUGGGCUAAAGCUCAUUGGCGCUGACCUUAUGUCAAUACCUGGCCUCUACAGGUUUGUUCAGGAGUUUAUCAAGGAUCAGGUUGCCAACAUGUAUCUAUGGCCCCAAACCCUAGAAAUAGGAAUUUUGGAUCCAGCAAAAGCCUCCAGGAGACCUGUUGGUAUACUCCAUGUGAAGGUUCUGAGGGCAAUGAAGCUAAGAAAGAAAGAUCUUCUGGGUGCAUCAGAUCCGUAUGUGAAACUAAAGCUUACAGAAGAUAGAGCUCCAUCAAAGAAAACAGCUGUGAAGCACAGGGACUUGAAUCCUGAGUGGAAUCAGGAAUUUAAUUUGGUUGUCAGAGAUCCAGAGACUCAGGUUUUAGAGCUUAAUGUUUUUGACUGGGAGCAGGUUGGCAAGGAUGAUAGGAUGGGCAUUGCUGUGGUUCCUUUGAAAGACCUCACCCCUGAUAAGCCAAAUGCUAUGACUCUUAAUCUCCUUAAAACUCUGGACCCAAAUGAUCCUCAGAAUGAUAAAUCACGUGGCCAGCUUUUUGUCGAAUUAACAUAUAAACCCUUAAAAGAGGAUGACUUACCAAAAAGCUUUGAGGAAGAGUCAAAGAUGGUGCAGAAGGCUCCUGCAGGUACACCUGCUGGUGGAGGGCUGCUUGUAGUCAUAGUCCAUGAAGCUCAAGAUGUUGAAGGAAAGCACCAUACUAAUCCAUAUGCACGGAUUCUUUUCAGAGGGGAGGAGAGAAGAACUAAGCAUGUUAAGAAGAACAGAGAUCCAAGGUGGGGGGAGGAAUUUACAUUUACACUGGAAGAACCCCCAAUCAACGAUAAACUUCACGUAGAAGUUGUUAGCACCUCAUCAAGAAUUGGCAUCCUGCAUCCAAAGGAAUCCCUGGGUUACGUUGACAUCAAUCUUUCAGAUGUUGUUAGCAACAAGAGGAUCAACGAGAAGCACCAUCUCAUAGACUCAAGGAACGGGCGGAUCCAGGUUGAAUUGCAAUGGAGAACAGCUUGAGCAUACCAUUCCUCUGUUGCUUCUCUGUUUCAUAUCACUCUAAUUCUUCACAGGAAAGCCAUCUCAUUUCUGCCAAGACUACUUGUUUAUGUACAUUGAUUGUAACAUCAUUACCCUACCCACAAUCAAGGAACACAAUCCGUUGUAAUUUGAGCUUGGUCUUCUUUUUCUUUUUCUUUAUAGUUCUUUGUUUUCCUUGGACCUGAAGGCGUGCUUGCAUCAAAGAAUACGUUCGGAACAACAUUUGAGGUUCCUUUCUCUUCUUGCUUGUCUGCAUUUGAACAGCUUGAGAUGUAAAGGCGGCUCCAUUAUUUUCAAUUUUAAUAAAUAAGGACAUAAUGA